UUUGCCCGGAAGGAUUCCCGGCGACGGUGGCGCAGAAGUUGUGGAAAAGAAUUGGGGGAUGGUCUUUUGAAAGGUAGUCGGGCUAUUGCAUCGGAGAGAAAGUCAUUUGAAUGGCCACAGGGUGGAUUGAUCAGUGCCCAGUCGAAAUCAGUUAAGGGUGGGCGCACUCACCUUACUUUUAACUCUGUUCCAGGCAUACCCAACACACAUUCAGUUUGUUCCAAACUUCAUACCUCA